CCCUGACGCGCGCCAUUGUGCUGGUUGAUUGGUGUUACUCGGUGUGUCAUUAUGACCAGCUUGAGUGUUUUUAUUAAGUUUUAGAGCACAUAUGAUAUAUUUUUUAAGAAGUUUUAGUGAAAAUGAAAAUUGUGACAAUAAUGCCCGCGGAUCCUUAUAAUACUUGACCUGGUGGAAAUUCGGAGCCACCACGACUCAUCCUGGGCCCUCACUAAAAUCGGCAGCAAUGGAGGUGGGAGCACGAGCACUGGAUGUGCUGCCGCUACUGCAAGAGCGAGUAGCAUCUUUAACUGGGGGCCGGGAUCGCAGAGGGGGACCAAUAAUAUGGUUCCCCGCUAACUCAAGGCGCGACCGUGUCGCACCUGAUGACUACAGACGUUUGUUGCAUUAUCUCAUUAGCAUUCCUAGUGAUACCAUAAGGUCACAUGGCUUUACUAUUUUAAUUGACAUGCGAGGAUCGGCAUGGGCAGCAAUCAAACCAAUCCUGAAAGUUCUUCAAGAACACUUCCCUUCAUCCGUCCAUCAGGCAUUGGUAGUUAAGCCUGAUAACUUUUGGCAGAAACAGCGUACAACCAUAGGAGCUCAUAAAUACAAGUUUGAGACAACAAUGAUUAGCUUAGAAGCACUGCCUAAAGUCAUAGAUAGUACGCAACUAACGCCUGAUUUAGAUGGCACUCUACAAUAUGACCAUGCACAAUGGAUUGAUUUAAGACUGGCUUUGGAGGAGUUGAUGUGGCAGGCUGGUGAGCUGCUGGAUCGCUUGGACGACUUACAGGAAGACGUGGCGAGGGCUGACUUUGCGGAUGAUGUGACGGGGGCAAGACGAGCCAUCGACGCCCAUGCCGAUAUCAACAAGAGACUAGCUAAAGUACCAGUCGACGAAUUGGAAGCACAAGGUGAGCGAGUAGUUCAACGCCUAGAAGCGGCGGAGGCGGCGUGUUCUGAGGCGAGCGGGAGCGGCGGCGAGGCGGCGUUUCACUGCGGCUCGCCCGCCACCGUGCGUGCGCAGAUCGCCGCCGUACGCUCGGCGCACGCACACGCACACAAGCUGUGGCAGCACAAGAAGAUGCAGCUCGAUCAGUGCUUCCAGCUGCGGCUGUUCGAACAGGACUGCGAGAAGAUGCUAGAAUGGAUCGUGAAUCAUCGGACAGCAUUUCUGGCGACAUACGUCGAGAUUGGACGAUCGUGUGCCGCCGCGAAGAGACUACAAGAGGAGCAUGCUAGGUUCGCAGCAGCGUGCACUGGCGGUGGUCGGCCCAGCGUAGCUCGAGUGACGACAGCGGCGCGACGUCUUGCAGAUAAACGACAUUACGCCGAAACACAGAUCACCUCGCUCGCGCAUCGCCUCGAAAGGGCUUAUAAACAGCUAUCUGCAGGUCUAGACGAGCGGUCAGCGGUGCUGUCCCUCUCCGUGGUGUUUCAUCACAAGGCGGAGGCGUACGCGUCCGCGGUGGGCGGAUGGGGCGCGCAAUGUGCGGUCGCGUUACAGCUCGCGACGGGGCAGGGCGGCGCGCCGUGCAACGAGCCGCGAGCGCUCGAACAACACGCGCAACGCCAUCGCCAGCUGUACGAGCACAUGUGUCAGGCGUACACCGAGGUUCAUUCGACUAGCAAGAAGUUGCUGUACCAACUUGACCACUUAGUUCAAGUUUGUCAUCAGACCGAUCCUGCGGAUAUGAGCGACGGCACAGUGAGUUCAGCGGGUAGCAGCGGCGGCGAUCCGGCGGCCGACUACAGCUCGGGAGCCAAUCACGUGCUGGCCGUCAUACACCAGAUACUGGGGCAUCAUAGAGCGUUGGAGGCACGGUACCACCAGGCGCGCCUUAAACUGCACCAACGAUUGGCGCUGUUGCUGUAUAAGGAGGAUUGUAGACAGGUGCUGGACUGGUUAGGUAACCACGGUGAAAAGUUUCUAAUGAAGAACACUGGAAUAGGAAGGAAUCUCCAUAAGGCUAGGGUAUAUCAGAAAUCUCAUGAACACUUCGAAAACGUAGCUCAGAACACAUACACGAAUGCCGAGAAACUUCUUGCGGCGGCGGAGGAGUUGGCUCGCAGCGGGGAAUGUGAUCCCGAAGAGGUGUUGGGAGUCGCGCGAGAAUUGGAGGCGCAUGUCGCUGCGUUCGCCGCGCGAGUAGACCGACGCCGGAGACGGUUAGAUCUAGCUGUCCUGCUCUACUCACAUGAGAAGGAGCUGGUGCAGUGGCUGGAAACUGUCCGCGGCGGCGGUGUGUGCGCAGCGGACGAGAGCCCCGAGGCGGCGCGGCGGGCGCUCGAGCAGUGCGCCCAACACCGCGUCGCAAGUCUCGACGCCUGUGCCGCUACUAUUGCGCAUGGCGAAGCUCUGAUGCAGGACCUCAGGUCGUCCGGGGACUCGGACGCGGCGAGCACGUCGGCGGUGGAGAGCACGCUGGAGCGCCUCCGCGGCACGCGCAGUGCGCUUGAGGAGCUGUGGUCGGACCGCGAGCGCCGCCUCGAGCUCACGCUGCAGCUCAGACACUUCGAGCGGGACGCGCUAGAGGUGUCAUCUAGACUGGAGCUAUGGGGUGACGAGUUACAGCGCACGGAGCCGCCUCGCGAUCCGCAGCAAGCGGAACAAGCGCUCGCGGCGCACAACGAAAGUGUUGCCAGGAUGCAGCAUGCCACCUUCCAGGUGGUACAACAAGGCCAGGAGCUGGCGGCGGCGAUCGCUGACGCUUCAGACGUGAUGGCGUCUUCAUCUGACAGCUCGGAGGGCGCUCCACUGGAUGCGCAGGCGAGGGUCCAACUACUGUUGGAGUUCCUGCACGACAGGCAGCUGGAUCUAGAAGAGUUGGCCGAGGAGAGACGAGCGAGAUUCGAACAAUGCGUGCAACUCGGUCAAUUCCAGAAGGAUGCGGCUCAGGUGGUCAGUUGGAUACGCAACGGCGAGGCGAUGUUAUCUGCGUCCUUCUCUAUCCCGGGGACGUUGUCCGAGGCGGAGCAGCUCAAGCGAGAACACGACCAGUUCCAAGUGGCGGUGGAGAAGACGCACGCCAGCGCCGUUCAAGUGAAGUACAGAGCGGACGCGCUGCGUGCGGCUAAUCACUACGACCCGCAUACUAUAAGAGAGAUAUCAGAGGAGGUGACAGAGCGCUGGCAGCGCCUCGUGACUUGCGCCGAGGAGAGGCACAAACUCGUGACGGCUUCCCUCAACUUCUACAAGACGGCCGAACAAGUGUGCUCAGUGCUCGACUCACUUGAGCGCGAGUACAGACGAGACGAAGACUGGUGCGGCUCAGCUGCACCCCCUAGCGAGGAAACUCAACAAGCGAAUCUGGAUAAGGCAGCUCAGGUGGCGGCACUAAUAGUGAAGCAUGGCGAACAAAAGGAGGCGUUUCUCAAAGCGUGUACGCUCGCGCGCCGCACUGCGGAGACAUUCCUCAAGUAUGCGGCGCGGUCGGCGCAGGUGCACGGACAAACUGCUGCGGCCAGCAAAGCACAUCAUGAGCAGACGAGAGCUAUACUCGAUACGCUACUUUCGCAGGAGAACAAGGUAUUGGAGCACUGGACGGUGCGUAAGAAGCGUCUCGAACAGUGUCAACAGUUCGCCCUAUUCGAGCGCUCGGCUCGCGCGGCCGUAGAGUGGAUCCGCGAGACGCAGGAGCGGUGCGGCGCGGCGGCGGCGGUAGCUGCGGCGGGCGUCGCGCGCGAGAGCCGAGAACGUGUGCGCCUGCUCGCACAGCUGGCUGACGGACUGGUGGAAAAGGGACAUCCGCAUGCCGUGCAGAUCAAAGACUGGGUGGCAGCGGUAGACGCUAGAUAUGCGGAGUUCAGUGGUUCUAUGGAGGGCGGCGAGAGCGAGGCGGAGAGUGACAGCGGUGUCGCGCCGUCGCUCGUGUCCACCCAGUCUGUGGAGAGCGAGUCGCGAACCGAGCCACAGCCGCCCGCGCCCGGAGAUGAUAAGCGACGCAGCGCAAGACGAAAAGAAUUCAUAAUGGCGGAGUUGCUGCAGACGGAGCGGGCGUACGUGAAAGAUCUGGAGACGUGCAUUACGUGUUAUCUGCGUGAGAUGCGCACAGACCCCGCCUCCGUACCACCAGCGCUGCAGGGCAAGGAGGAGGUGAUAUUCGGCAACAUCGAGGAGAUUCAUCGCUUCCACGAGCGAGUGUUCGUCCGCGAGUUGGACAAGUACGAGACGAUGCCCGAAGACGUCGGCCAUUGCUUCGUGACUUGGGCUCGCGAGUUCGACAUGUACGUCGCGUACUGCCGCAACAAACCCGACAGUAAUGCGGCAGUUGUGCAACACGCGGGAGACUACUUUGAGAGGGUGCAACGUAAGAAGAAGCUGGAACAUCCACUCGCGGCGUAUCUCAUCAAGCCCGUACAGAGGAUAACCAAGUACCAGCUGCUGCUCAAAGACCUGCAAGCCUGCUGCGCCGAGGGACAGGGAGAAAUCAAAGACGGUUUGGAAGUUAUGGUGUCGGUGCCGAAGAAGGCGAAUGAUGCGAUGCACCUGUCCAACCUUGAGGGCUGCGAUGUGCCCAUGGACAGCCUGGGAGAGGUGGUGCUUCAGGACUCCUUCCAAGUGUGGGACUUGAGACAGAUCAUCAAGAAGUGUCGCGAGAGGAGAGUAUUCCUUUUCGACCUGCACCUUCUCCUCGCCAAAGAAGUUAAGGACACCCACGGGAAAGCAAAGUACAUCUAUAAAACCAAAUUCAUGACGUCCGAGCUGGGUGUGACAGAGCAUAUAGAGGGCGACGAGUGCAAGUUCUCCGUGUGGACUGGCCGGCAGCCGAUGGCCAGCGACUGCCGCAUCGUGCUGAAGGCACCUUCCCUGGAGGUCAAGCAGUCCUGGGUGCGACGACUCAGGGAGGUCAUACAGGAAACGUACCUGUAUGGGAAGCUGCCGCCGCAGCCGCCCCGGAGUCCGGCUAGAGUUCGACCUACGAGCUCGCAACGUUCGAGCAGGGACUUCGAGGAUACUGACACAGAGAACCUGGACCGAAACUCGCUGGCGUCCUACGGCAGCGGGAACACCACCGACUCUGAUAAGGCCGGUCCAGAGAUGACAUGGGUGAUAGCAGAGCACACGGCGAGCGGGUCAGGCGAGGUAUCGGUGACAAAGGGCCAACAGGUGGAGGUGCUGGAGGCUUGGUCGGCUCGCAGCGACUGGUACCUGGUGCGAAUACCGGGAGAGCCGCCCCAGGAGGGAGCAGUACCAGCACACGUGCUCAAACUCCAGCCGCAGCACCAACAAAAGACGUCGCCGUCCCGACGACCGCUCAGCCAACCGUGCGAUGAUAGCGCGCUAGAUGCGUCAUCGUCGGACCCCGGCGUGCACAGCCCAGGGAAGCACAGAAAACAAGGAAGCGUCUUCGGGCGAUGGAUUCCCCGGACGAGCAAAUCCCAAGCCAAGGGUGAGAAGACCGUGGCCGGUGUGAAGUCACCAGCCUCUUCCGACAAACCUUCACUCAAGAAGGUGCCAUCAGAAAAGAAACUUAAACUGCCGUACGUGGACAAUGGGCGUGAAGACGGCGAGGAGAACAACGGCACGACGGCCGCCCUCGACGAGGGCGAAGACGACGCCCCCGACGUCGAGCUACCGCCGCCCAUGAAGCCCAUUCAGAACCCACAAACGGUUCUACAGAAAACACCGAUACAGACUGCAGCCGCCUCAGAGCCCGCCACCUGCAACUCAUUGACUAUGGACCCCCUGGAAACUAACGGUGGUCCUGCGGACAUCGCAGAAAUUGAACAGAUUGUCAAGGAGAAAAUGGAACAACACGGUGGGGCUUCCAGUGGCCCCGGUCGGCUCUGUGACGGCGAUGAGGAGGAGCCACCGCAUACCCCGGGCGUAGAGUCCAGCGACGCCAUCUUGAAGAAGCGGGAGUACGUUCUCAGCGAACUGCUGGAAACUGAGAAGAUAUACGUCGACGAUCUGAAACUCAUCGUCGACGGAUAUAUGAAACACAUGAUGGAUCCCCACCCGGACCCGCCGCUGCCGGUGGAGCUGCGCGACCGCCGCCUGCGCAUGAUCUUCGGCAACGUGGAAGCCAUCUACGAGUGGCAUCGAGACAAGUUCGUGCGCGAGCUGGAGGGAUGUGUGGAGUGCCCCGAGCUGCUGGGCCCGCUGUUCCGCCGCUUCCUCGAGAAGAAGAUGUUCCUGUAUGAGUCGUACUGCCGCAACAAACCCGUGUCCGAGUACAUCGUGUCCGACCACGAGCACUACUUCAACGAGUUGCGACAGAAGUUGGAGCAGAAGCUGCAGCUUGGAGACCUCCUGAUCAAGCCGAUCCAGCGCAUCCAGAAAUACCAUUUGCUGGUGAAGAAAGUCCUCCAGUAUUCUGAGAGUGCGAACGAGCCAGCCAACGUGAUAGAGUCUCUUCGGGAGGCCGUGCAAUGCACCUCCAUAAUACCCAAGAACGCUAAUGACAUGAUGGAAGUUGGCAGAAUACAGGACUUCCCGGGCAACAUAGCGGCGCAGGGAAAGCUGCUUUUUAAGGACCCGUUGAUUGUAUCAGACGCGAACAACGCUAGUGACAAGGGCAAGGAGCUAUACGUGUUCCUGUUCGAGCAGUGCGUCAUAUUCACUGAGGCGGUGGGCAAGAAGAGUCAGUUCACCAGCCCCACGUACAACUACAAGGCUCAUAUACAGGUGAACAAGAUGGAACUAAACGCCAAGGAGAACGACAAGAACGCGUUCAUCAUUCGCGCCACGAACGGCGAGAAACGUAAGCUGCCGCUGGCCUUCCAGUGCCGCGCUCAGGAGCCGCAUCGCGCACAAAACUGGAUCUCCACCCUCUCCACAAUCCUCCACUCGCAACAGAUAUUCGGCCAAAGGUUGGAGAACCCUGGCGCUUUCCUCCACCGCGACCCCGUGGGUGAGGGUUGGUGCGGGCUCCGCAAGACGGAGAGCGUCCCGCCGUCCUUGGGUGGCCGGCUGGCUGGGGAGAGACGUCAGCGACCACACGCGAAGGCCAACACCAUCAACCUGCCGACCAGCGCGCGGGACGACCUCAAGAAGCUACCGAGCCCGACCUCACCGCCGCAUACUAACGGGCUGUCGAAGCGCGCCUGGGGUCUGAAACUGCGGCGCGGUGCGAGCGGUGGCGCGGCGGGGGAGGCGGGCGAGGGCGCGGGGGCAGAGCUGCGUGCACCAGAGCUUGCGUCGCCCGCCGCCGACGUGCACGUCGCGCCCGGCGCCACCGCCACGCUCAGCUGCCGCGCCCGCGCGCCGCGCUCCACCGCCGUCUGGCGCAAGACCGCGCCCGACACGCGAGCGCUCCGCCACGGGGACCGCUUCGCCAUCGAGCUCGCGCCCGACGGCCUCGCCACGCUCACCAUCCACGCGUGCCGGCCCACCGACGCCGGCGUCUACUGCUGCCUCAUCAGCAACGAGCUGGGUGGCGUGCAGAGCUCGGCGCGGCUGACGGUGGGCGCGGGCGGUGCGCCAGGUGUGCCGGCGGUGCGCGCUCACCCGGGCGGUGGCCUGGUGGUGCAGUGGGACGAGCGGGAACCGGCGCACCUCGAGUACUGCCGCGUGGGCGAGGGCGAGUGGCGGCGCGCCACGGAGACGCCGAGCGCGGCUAACACGCUGGUGCUGGAGGAGCUAGGGGCGGGGCAGUACAGUUUCCGUCUGGUGGGCGCGCGGUCCGGUGCGGCGGGCGGCGCCUCGGCGGCGGCGGCGGGCGGAGGCGGCGGCGCGUGGCAGCGUGAGCAGUUCGCGCGCCGGUUCGCGCUCGAGGAGGAGGUGGGGCGCGGCCGCACGGCCCGCGUGCUCGCAGCCCGGGACACUGGCACCGGACACCGCGUCGCCUUGAAACAGGUCGUAGCGGGUCGUGGGGCGGACGCGAUGCGGGAGUACCGCAUUCUGUCUAGCGGAGCACACGGGGCGGUGGUGCGUGCUAUGGCGUUAUUCGCUGAAGUCCCGCGUCAGGGGGCACACACGAUCGUGCUAGAGCUGAUAGGAGGUGGGACUCUGCUGGAGUGGGCGGCGUCAACCCCCGCCCAGUACACGCAGCGAGCGGUCGCCACUCACACCGCGCAGUUAUUGUCUGCGCUGCAGUGGCUACACUCCAACAACGUCGCCCAUCUAGACGUACGACCUGAGAACAUUCUGGUGGAGUUGAGCGGUGCGCAAGCUCAACUGAAGCUGGUAGACCUGGGUUCCGCUGUGGAGACGGGCGUGGAAAGUAGCGCACGUGCGGUGUUGCCGCCCGCGCCCGCACAGCUCGAGUUUGCGCCGCCAGAGUGCGUGCUCGGACGACCGCCGGCAUUCGCCUGGGACGCCUGGGCUGCGGGCGUCUUCUUAUACGUGUUCCUUACUGGGUUAUCACCAUUCUUAGAUGAAUCAGUUGAAGAGACCACAGCGAAUAUAAUAAAGUGCGACUACUGCUUCCCGCCCGAGCACUGGUCCGCCAUAGACGAGCGAGCUCAGAACCUGAUUAGAGGCCUCCUAGAACCCACCCCCGCCCGUCGCCUCACGCCCAAAGACGCUCUUGCCGACAGUUGGUUCGAUGAGGCACCGAGUACGGCGCUAUCGGCAUCUCAGCUGAAGACUUUCCUGGAGCGGCGGCGGCCGGCCGGCCACGGCAACGCUCUGCACUCGUUGCGGUCGCCCAACGACACCUGACCCCCGCGCCCCCACCCCGCCCACUGAACUAGAGACCGACACCCUGGUUAUACCGCAAUACUCUACCUACAUUAAGAUACGUGAUAUUCGACAUUGUUGAAGUUUGUGACGGUGGCUAAGUCCACUACGCCUUACUCGUGAAAUGACGUAUAUAAGCUAAGCGUAUUCGUGAUGUGCUUAUCCCAGCUAGAAGCGCGUAUGUUGAAAACAUAUAGCUUAGUGUAAUUAAGCAUCGUUAUUACCUUAGGGUUGUAUUAAGCUGUAGCUGAACACGAUUGUAUAGUCAUUGCGCCCACCUCGGGUUUCGCGUUGCGUUGCGAAAUGAUUCCAAUAUUUUUACGGCUCGUCUUAGUUUUAAAUUUGUAUGCCAAAAACUGCUUCGUAACCAUUAUAUUGUACCAUCGCAAGGGCUGGCUAUAUACCCGUGGCCGACGCGCCGCGGCGCCGCCCCUUGCGCUUUAACUAUUCGUUCCAGUCGUGGAUAUCAUACUAUUUUACUUAACGUUAUAAAAAUUGCAGAUCUCCCACUAUAGCUAGUAAGAGAGUGUAUUAAAAUUUAAAAGAUGGACGUCAAAACGUUUCAGAGAUUGUAUAACACCCGGUGUGGCCGUGUAAGUAAAGUGUCUGUGAUUUUUGCUAAAAUAUUGCAUGCUUAUUUUCCUAAUUUAGCAAACGUAUUUUAAAUAAUAUCGAUUUGUAUAUAGCACUAAGUUUUAGCGUAUAUUUUAUUAUAAUUUGUGACCAAAUUUCUAAAUUGUAUUUUAUCGAAAUCGACAUUUGUAUGUGUCUUGUAUUGGAUAAUAAUGUUAUUUAAACAUCGAUACUACUCUUUGACAUUGCCAUAACUUGACGCUGGUCGCUGGUCUAUUCCGACUGUCUUAGCACUUAAUGAACUUUAAUUACUGUAAAGUAAACAAGUUUUACACU